AAGACGUCUCAACACGAGCAUGCAUAUAAGUGGAUGCUAUACAACAACUAACCUAUAAAACUUACCUCACAAUUAUUAUAUGUAGUAAUAUGGAUUACACAACUUUAAGCUUCUAAUGGAAACUAGGAAUAAAAAUAUAUUUGGCAACAUGAAUUAAAACAAUAACAUGCCUUUAUGUAUUCAAAUGAAGUUGAUUCAAACUAGUAUCUAGAUUCGCAACAUGAACCCAAUACUGUCUCAGCAGAAUGUUCCUUAAAGUCUAGGCAUGAAUUUGCCUUGGUAUGAAGAAAUAAUGUGCAGCAUGUUAAAUUCUUAUCUCUGCUUUAUCAGUUUAAUUAAUCUACCAUAUUGCUUAGCUCAAACUGAUUGGGAUAUACGAGCAAAUAUCAUCAUUCCAUCACAACCAUCAGAAGGACAGGAAGUUGUCUCAAAACACCACAGUUCAGAAAAUGAGUUGAAAGCAUGGAGAAAAGAUAAAAUCGAGAUAAAGGACUCAAGAUCCAGUCGUGAAACAACUGAAAAACAAGAUGCGAGUACAGAUUGCCUAGAGGCGAUAAAUAAUUGUGAAUCGCUUAGUGGAAUAUGUAAAGUCGAUGUGGAAAUAUUUAAGACAUUCUGCGGAGACUGGACUGAUGAACGAAAUCUAUUAGGAUGUCAGCGUAAAUACCUAAGAGAAUGUCAGUCUGCCUUAAAGACAAUGAAUCUUGGACGUCCUGGAUUAAAACAAUGUACAUGUGAUAGUCGUCCAAGUCGUUCAAUCGAUGACUUGACUAGAUGUAAUUUACUCAGAAGAAAUUUGAAUAAACAUCCUUGUCUGGCAGAACCACCGAUUUUUCUACGUGAACCACAACCAUCUGUGAAUUUCCGAUAUGAUCGCAAAAACGAAGUGAGAACAGAACACACCGUCAAUACAUCGAAGACAAUGCUGAAUUCCAACAAAGUAUGGAUAAAUUUAACUUCACUGUCAAACAAAACUGAAGGUCUGUUCAAAGAAGAAAUGACUACACCAUUCCCAGACACUUUAAUCAACUUAUCUUCAACAGGGUUCACUGAAACCAAUUUAAACAAAAACUAUAUUGACGAAAAUCCAGAGAAUCCAAGUUGUUUGUAUCUACUUGAAAGAUGUACUAAACAGCCAGCAUGUACAAGAGCAUUAAAUAAAUUUCGUGCGUUAUGCACUAUGAGAACGUGUGAUAAAUUAAGGCUACAGUGUUUGGAAGCGUCGAAAAAAUUUUUUCAGUUCAAAACUCAUGCUGACUGUAGCUGCCAAAGUGAAAUAAAUGAAGACAGGUAUCGACGGUGUUUAGACUAUAAACAGACAGUAAUUGAUAAUGAGUGCGUUGAAAUUUCAUCAGGUGAGAACUUGAAUCCAACAAAUUUUAAUGAUUUAGAGUACUUGUCUACUGGUCAAAAUCAAGAAAGAAUUCCAACAAAUCCACCUGUUUUACCGGUUCCUCAGUUUACUAACCCUAUAAAAAGUGAUAUCAAUUCAACGUAUGUAGCGAAUGAAAAGUUGAAAGCUGUUACCCCUUCGACAGAGUUGACAAAUAUUAACUUUCAUAAGAAGGUACAAAGUUUGAUUAUUAGCCCGUCAACGAUUGUUAAUGAGAUGUGGAACAAUAGCAGAAACUGUUAUUCAGUACUUGAUGAAUGUCUUCAUAAUCCUAUCUGUGUUCAACACUUCAUUAAUCUUCGAUAUGCAUGUAUAGAAAUGAAUAAAGAGUUCAAUGCUUGCAGAAAUCCUACACAGUGUAUAAAUGCAAUCAAAAGUUUUUAUAGUGAAUCUGAUAAUUUUGUAAAUACAGCUAUAUCAUGUACCUGUGAAAAAACUGAUUCAGACUGUCAAAAAAUUCGGGAAAUAUUUGUCCCUUCUUGUAUUCGUCAGUCGUCGGAAUUUCGUAUUGACUGCUAUCAAGCUUGGAUACAAUGCCAGAAUAAUGCAGUUUGCAGAACCAGUUAUGAUUUUUUGGUAUCCGAGUGUCAAAAUCAUCAUGGACAUUGUUCUUUGAAUCCAAUGACAUGUAUAAAUUCCUACAGGAGAUUAUGGACUGGAUCCUGGGCUGGUGGAUGCAAGUGUGAAUUAGGUGAAAAGAAAGGCAGAUUUUCAGAUAAUAUAUUAUCAGGUUGCAGUGAAUUCUCACAAAUUCUUACAAGACCUCCAUGUACAGAUCGUAAUGUGGGAUUGGUUCAAGAACUAAAAAAUCUUUUGACAGAAGAAGAACCAUUGUCAUGUAUUGUAAUGGACAGACUAAAAACCAAUGCAGGGGAUCUCCUCAAACUUCCAGUGUUGAAUGCGCAUCCAGAGGACAAACAUUUGAAUAGAGAUUGUUCUUUGCUUUGUAGUUGUCGUUUCGGUUGUCGAUAUGAAAUGUGUUAUGCGAAAGAGACUAACAAAUGGCAUGCAUAUUAUUUAUCCAAUCACACUGGUAAUAAUGUAACACUACCAACACGCAUAGAAACUAUUAAUAUUUACAGACCAAAUUUAUCACUGGCUUGUAUUUAUCUUCCAAAAUUGAAUCACCACUGUCAGUGUCAUUUAAAUAAUCAGGUUGUAUGUAAUGUGUUCAACCAACCAAACCAAUAUGCAGUCACAGGUCAUAAAUUGCAGAUAGACUUCGACGUCGAAAUGUAUUCUACAAUUAUCGAUUUAAUGGCUGACGAAAAGUCUUUAUCAGAGUUUGAAUUUUACGGGAGUAUAGUUCAACUAGAAUUGCUGCUAACCAACUUCAUUACAUAUUUUACAGGACAGACAACUUGUCGUCUAAUAUUGUCUGCAUAUCAAACUGUAAAUGGUAGGAACUUUUUGCUAAAAUAUAGAUCUGGUGAUGAGAGAUCCUCAGAAUUCAUAAAUCGAUUGGAAUACUCAUUAGUGAUUCAUUCAGAUCACUAUAACGAUAAAAGAAAUUAUACAUCGUUUUGCAUCAACAUUCUAGAAAUUGUAAAUAUAAUGAUCAAUGAUGAAUAUCCGCAUAUGAAAUACAAUCCAAAAUUUUCUACAUUUUUAAAAAGUGUUCUAAAGGCGCCAAUAUUCCAUGAAUACAAUAAUCUAAACGCAAAUGAUGUCUCUCUAAAUAAAUCACAAAAAUCACAGCAGCAGCAGCAACAACAACAACACCACCACCAACAAACGCAAGGAUGGCGACAUACAAGAACAUCUAUUCAACUACAAAGAGAUAAUAAUAAGUCAGUAAAGAAUAAUUGUCACUCAAAAUCCUAUCUGAAUACUCUUCAUUAUUUAAUUUCUUUCUUGUUUUCUUAUUUUUAUUUUUUCUACUUUCAAUAUAAUUGCAUUAAUUUAUUUUCGUGUAGAUUAUUUCCCUUGCCUAUUAUAUGCGCCUUUGUAUGAUUUUUUGUUUUAUUUUAAAUGAUGACUGGUACAAUGUUCCAAUGUAUAUAUAUAUAUGAAAUUUUGUAAAAGCGUCACAUUUUCCCGAAUGAAUGUAUAUGUACAUAUAUAUCUGCUAUCAUAUGCAAUAUCGUCUGUUUGCUUGUCUUCUUGUCCUUUGAAUUGUCCAUUCUCCAAUUGCUUAUAGCAUGUAAGCUCUUCUGCAUAACCGAUGUGCAUUCCAUUUAUCAAGGUCAUCAAGAUCAUUCAUAGUCGAUACAGUUCGAAUCCGUGAUUUUAUUAUGCUUUUGUGAUAUAACAGAUAUUAGCUUAUACACAUAUCUCUCUUUAGCCAAAAGUUUUGUUUGUGUAUGUUCAAAAAAAUCAAACAAUCUAAUCAUAUUUCAGUUCACUCAUUUAACAGAAACAUGAAGAAAUUAACUUUGGUGGAUAAUUCAGAAAAGAUUGCUUUUCUUACUUUCUUUUGUGACGCCUAUUUCAUUAGGAAUCUGUGACUCUAAUUAAUUCAUUCCUCUUUUCCAUGUUUUCUUGAUGAACGAGCAAGCGUUCAGUUGAUAUUUUCUGUUUUGAAGAUUACAGAUUAUGAGGCGUAUUCUUAUUAUAAAACAAAAGUGUUACAAUUUGAAAGGUAUUCCAUGUUAGCUAAACAACAACACUCUGUGGAACAUAAAAACAUCCUUUCUAGAUAAAGUGUUUUUUUUCUAAAUUUUCUUCUACCUCAACCUUUUUAUCCCAAGAAAUAAAUGUAACCUACCGGUAGACUCAUAAUUUUGGUGUGUGUAAAUGUUUGUCUUGUGCUGUGAUGUAACAUUUCAACAAAAUAUAUACAUGUUAAUACCUGGAAGAUUAAGUUUAUAUUAUGUCACUGUUUAAAUUGCUUUCCUUCCAACCCUUGGAUAAUUUUAGUGAGUUCUGGGGUCGUUCAUAAGAAUAAAGAGUUGGAAGACAAAACGUUAUACAGCUUUUUAGACUGGAUAUGAU